AUGGCUGCACAGGUCGACUUCAUCGGCCGGGGCGGGUCAUUCAAGUCGUUCCGGCCAUGGCGGCAUCGAGACCAGACGGCCGCCGGACAGGCCGCCGGACAGCGCACCGAACUGGAAUCGACACACGACAGUGCCCAAGAGACACACAGCGGUGGCACUGCCACUGCAGAGGCCCACUCCACGGACGUCGACGUGUCCCAUGCCGUACGGAAAGAACGGCCACCACCGGCGCAGAGAGAAAAUCACCGUCCAAGGGCUCUCCUCUCGUCGUCGGCCUCGCCGUCGUGUCCCUCACAGCGGAUCUCGGCAUCCCAUCCGGCACAGGCCGACAUCCUGCUCGACGACCCGGCGCCACCACUGUCGACGGCAUCGUCGGCGGCAACCGACGAAGACGCGAUACCACGCACGCCGGGGCCGAGCAUUAUCCUGUCACAAGAGCCGGAGCCAGGGCCAGAGCCAGAGCCAGAUGCGUCACUAGUACCAUUGUCCUCGGAGGCAGAGCCUUCCGCUAAAACGCCACAUGCAUCACCACCAUCACCACCACGGCAUGCGUUCCCCCGCCCGUCUCUCAAGCGCCGCCGCGCUCUCUCCGACGUCGACGGCCCCAACACUGCCGCCCUCUGCUGCAAGAAACGCCGCCUGCGUCGGUUCCUGAUUACGUCGCGCCUCUCGCAGCCUUUCUCGCAGCCGGCCACGCACAUUCUCAACCGCGAGUCCGUGGCCGCCGGCGACAAGCGGUUUUGGAAGCUGGCGGCGAUUAUGAAUGCCAAGAAGCUGAUGGCGCCGGCAAAGACGUCGUCGUCGUCGUCGUCGUCGUCGUCCACAGCAUCACCAACACACACUCACGCCCACGCCCCCAUGGCCAGCGAAGUCAUUUGGCGCGCCGCCAUGGCCAACCGGCUGCGGCAGCGCCUCUAUGCCGAAGCCACCGCCGCGUCGACGGCCGGCCGGCCCCUGACGGGCAUUCCCCUGUCGCUCAUGGCCAACAUGGCCAAUGCGCGGUUUACGAUUGUGCCCGUGUCGACGGCCGCCAUGGCCGGGCGGGCGACGACGACAGCGACGACACAAAGACCCGCCACCCCCGCGUCCCCCACGCCCCCCCUGUCCAUGUAUGCGCCCCCCGGCGCCGGCUCGUCGGCCGUGUUUGCCCCGGCCGCCGCGCUCAGCCGCUCCGCGCCGCCACUGGCUGCGCACCGCCCCAUUGUCCGGGCCGUCUCGCGGAGUCCCAAGCUGCGGCCGGUCAAGGACCCGAAGCGGCCGGACAGUCGGCAGGAGAACCAACCGGACAGCCGCCACGACAACGCCGACGACGACAACGACUGCCUUUACGCCUUCCCCGCAAACGAGCACAGCAGCACCGCCAACGCCGUCGACGACAUGGACGACGAUGUGGCCGACGACGGCUCGGAAGAAAUCUAUGCCGACUUUAGCGUGCUGUUCAGCAGCGCGACGGCCGGCGACGACCUGGACGACCUGGACGGGCUCGACGGGCUCGACGGGCUGGAUGCCCUGGACGGGCUGGACGACUACAUGGACGAGCUGGACGGCAUUGCCCACCUGCCGCGGUGA